CAUUCUCCACCAGAAAGACACCUCAUCACUUUAGAAAACGUAUCGAUGUAGCAGUAGACAGACAGGCACCUCUCGAUUGGAAAAAAAAUACUAAAGCUUUCUGCACAAAAUUCCAUUUUUCCUUUUCUCUUUUGAUGCCUUGGAGAUUUUCACAAUUACCGAUCACUUUCUUUUUCUGCUCCCUUUGAAUAACAUACCAACUGCUGAUCAGAUACCCAUUGUUUUGCUUUUCAAUUUGCCUAUAUUUGGUUAACAAAAUUUCUGUAUUCACAGAUGCAGAUGGGUUUUGAGCAAUCAUGGAUGUUUCUAGGAUGUUUGAGGCUUGAAGUUUGCUGAUCAUAUAAAAUCUACCUGAGCUAUUAAAUCUUCCCUUUCUGCAAAUCUUGGGCACUGCAAACGCUGGCAGUGCCCAUGGACACUAAAACGAGUGGCACUCCAAGUAUUCAAUACCAGAACAUUCCUGAUCAGCCAAUUACUGCUAUUGUGGUUGCUCCUGUACCAACAUUUCAAAGAAAUCAACGACAUUGCUUUGGGGACUCCACCCCAGGAGAAUUUCCCUUGGCUGCCAAUCCCUCAAUUGUACUUCAUGUUCUGACAACAAGUAAUCUAGAUCCUCAAGAUCUUGCAAAACUAGAGGCAACCUGCUCAUUCUUUAGGCAGCCAGCAAACUUUGCCCCUGACUAUGAAUUGUCCAUAUCGGAGCUUGCUGCUCUGGACAUGUGCCAAAAGAGAGCUAUAUUUAAGCAAAUGAAUGAAGAAGAAUGUCAAGAGUUGAAGAAAAGAUGUGGGGGCUCAUGGAAACUGGUUCUGAGGUUUUUGCUGGCUGGAGAAGCAUGUUGCAGGAGGGAGAAGUCACAGGCAAUAGCAGGGCCUGGUCACAGUAUUGCUGUAACAUCAAAAGGUGUGGUUUACACAUUUGGUUGUAAUACCUCUGGACAGCUUGGCCAUGGCACCACCAAGGAAGAAUGCCGGCCUCGGCCAAUCAGAUCUCUGCAGGGCAUUCGAAUUAUCCAAGCAGCUGCUGGGGCUAGCCGUACAAUGCUGAUUAGUGAUGCUGGGCAAGUUUAUGCUUUUGGAAAGGACUCCUUUGGUGAAGCUGAGUUUGGUGGCCAAGGAACUAAAACGGUUGCAACUCCACAGCUGGUUGAGUCAUUAAAAAAUAUAUUUGUAGUUCAAGCUGCAAUUGGAAACUUCUUCACGGCUGUAUUGUCAAGAGAAGGGAGGAUUUAUACGUUCUCUUGGGGAAAUAAUGCUAGACUGGGUCAUCAAACUGAGCCAACAGAUAUGGAGCCUCAGCCUUUGUUGGGAGCACUGGAGAACAUACCAGUCGUUCAAAUUGCAGCUGGAUACUGUUACCUUCUUGCUCUGGCUUGUCAACCAAGUGGCAUGUCAGUGUACUCUGUUGGGUGUGGCUUGGGUGGGAAGCUUGGACAUGGUUCCAGAACUGAUGAGAAGCAUCCUCGACUGAUUGAACAGUUUCAGCAUUUGAAUAUGCAACCAAUGGUGGUUGCAGCUGGUGUCUGGCAUGCUGCUGUGGUGGGUCAGGAUGGACGUGUUUGCACAUGGGGUUGGGGACGUUAUGGAUGCUUGGGACAUGGAAAUGAAGAAUGUGAAUCUGUUCCUAAGGUGGUGGAAGCUUUGAAUCACGUCAAAGCAGUGCAUGUUGCUACCGGAGAUUACACAACCUUUGUGGUCACAGAUGAUGGCGAUGUAUAUUCAUUUGGUUGUGGCGAAUCUGCAAGUCUUGGACACAAUGCUUUAGCAGCUGAAGGACAGGAAAAUAGACAUGCUAAUGUGUUAACUCCGGAGUUAGUAACAUCGUUGAAGCAAACAAAUGAUCGGGUAGUACAGAUUAGUCUUACCAAUUCUAUAUUCUGGAAUGCCCACACCUUUGCACUUACAGAAUCAGGGAAGCUAUACGCAUUUGGCUCUGGAGACAAGGGGCAGCUAGGUGCAGAACUAGUUAACAAUCAAACUGAAAGGGGGAACCCCGAGCGGGUUGAAAUUGAUCUCAGUUAGCAAUCCACUUCUCAGUGGCAACAAUGGUAACGCUGACUUAUUGGUGUGGACCUACUGUUUUCAGUAUUCAAACCUUCCAAGUUUCAACGGGAAUACUUGCCUUUAGAGGAUUUGAUAGUUACAUUAAUAGAUGCUCAGAAGCUUAAUUUGAUCAAAGUACAUAGGAAACACAAAAACCUUCGCCUUCCACUGCUCUAUGAAAGCAAUCACUUGAUUCGUGAAGGAAUUGACAAGACAAAAUUGGGGUUGCCCGUGACACAAGCCAAGUUAAUAAGCUGGCGACCCUCAGCAAGUAUGGUGAGGCUGUGUUUGUUUAUGGGGAUACGUAUUUGUCCUUCUGGGGCUUAAUAUUUGAUUCUCUCAAUGCCAGGGUAAUUAAGACCUUGUAUGUCAAUCUGAGUUUCAAAAUGGGUAAUGUUACAAACAAUAGCAUAGUUCUUCAUCUUCUUCAGGAGGUGAAUCAUGAUUAUGUCUCGGACAAAGAUGGCUUCGUAGUCGACACCAUCUAAUGUUAGAAAGGAAUGUCUUCUAUAACAGGCCUGGAGAGCUUGAUACACAGAAGAAAAGCUCUUUAUUCCUUUGAUCUUGGGAAAGAGCAUAACUUAGAAAAAAAAAAAAAAAAGCGCAUAUUUGAAGGGGUAUCUAAGGCUGCAUGUGCAUGCAUGCAUUUACGUCUUUAAAUGGCUCAUGGGAUCCUUUCACUUUCAGAAUUUGGUUACAAUAAUAUAUGUUAUAUAUAAUUACCAAAAGCAAACUAUUUAAUCUUCUCUUAA